AUGGCACACGUACUGUUAGACCAGAUUCCCCGUACCAACUUCCAAGCCAUCUUUGGGGUGCAUCAGAACACUCCACGCCUGGAUGAGCAAAUCAACUUCUACAAAGCAGCAGCAUCUAACUGGCAGUUCGCAAAAGAUGACUACCAGCUCAAGGAUGGUGCAACGCUGCCCGAUGCCUGGUUCACAGCUCGUGGAGUCAAGCGCGAGGACCUCGACCGGUUCGUGGCCAUGCGGCUUCCGCACGAUCCAUACAUGCACGUCUACUUCUACAGCUGGCACAACCUGUCCACCAAGGCCCAGUGGCCUCCGAUCAUCAACCAGAUCGGCUCGCGCAGCUUGACGUUCCUGCUCGACGACGUUGACAAGGAACUCGAACGCAUCCGCCGCGACUUCCCCCAGACACCGAUCCUGUCGGAUGUCUUGACCAUUGAGCGGAAAUGGGGCACGACCAGAUCCGCCCUCGUCAAGGACCCCGAAGGCAAUUUCCUCGAGCUGGUCUCCGUGGCCGGGGGCCGGUUUGACGAGCAGAAGAUGAAGCCGGCGCCGUGGGAUCAAAAGACCUGGUUGCAUUUUCAGAUGAAUUGCCAGUAUUGGGGCAAGACGCGCCGGUUUUAUCGAGGGUUCGGCAUGGAGCACGACUAUGGUACGGACUUCCGAGGCGAGAAGAUUGGGUUUCCCUUCGGCUGGGACUAUUAUGAGAAGCAGAUGAACGAAGGCUGCGACUUCAAGGUCGAUCCCGACACUCGCAAUGACUUUCUCCGCAAUGCCCGGGAUGUCAGUGGGAUGCAUCUGGAGUUGUUGGAAGGUAUUCCAGGGAGAGAGAAACCUCCUGGGGUUCCACCCACGUGGUCCCAGCUAGGCAUCAUGCGCUACUGCUGGAGAGUCCCAGACUACUACAAGGCUGUGGCUGACAUCAAGAAACUCGGCAAGAAGAUCUACGUGGAAGACCAGCGAGGAUGUCUUGUCUGGGGUGACACCCAAUGGAUCUUCUAUGGCGACUGUGAUGGAAACUUUCUGUGUCAGUGA